AUGCCUAAUAAGGUGUAUUUUUCAAAACAAUUUUUUGGUUUCAAACUGGACCCAACUUUGGAUCUUGAAGUUAACAUUGAUAGAUUCAACAGAUUAUCUCGCGAUUUAGCCAACUGUGAUGAGAAACUCUCAAAAGAUCAGUUGGCUGUGGUCUUAUUGAACUCAAUUGGUGACAAAUACAAAGAUGUUAAAAAUGUUAUUGAGAAUGGGAAGGAAAUUCUAACCGUAGAUGUGAUAAUAAAUGCUUUAAGAAACAAAGAGUUAGAGUUGAAAUUUGAAAGAAAAGAAUCUAAUAAUGGGGAAAGCUUAAUGGUAAAAUCCAAACCUCAUCUCAAGAAUGUUAACUUCAGUAAUAAAUUUGGAUACAAAAGGAAGGGAAACUUUAACGAUAAAAUGAAAGUAAAGACAAAAGGCAAGAAAUGUUUUUACUGUCAAGAAGAGGGUCAUUUUAUUAAAGAUUAUCCCAAAAGACUUAGUGAAUCAAUGACUAAGUCUAAAAUCAAUGGUGAUGCAGCCUUGGCCUAUAAUGAUGAGGCUAAUAUAGAUGAAGUCUAUGUUGUGACAAACAGUCUUCUCAAUCAAGAAUGGAUUCUUAACUUUGGUGUCCUUGAUGACCUGAAAUAUCAUAUUAUGAUCAAUAUGGGAUACAUUAAAAUCUUGAGGGGCUCUCAAUUGAUUACAAAAGCCCCCAAGAGACAUGGAAAGCAUAAUGGACUUCCAUUUUUCCUUGUGAUGCAUAAAUCUGUGGUUAUACUUGAAUACUUGCAUGCCGACCUUUGGGGACCAGUANAGUUACAAAAUAAAGAAGCUAAAUUUGGUGGUGGGAGUGGAGAAGCUUUGCAAAAUCAAUCUAGUUCAUCUGCUCCCAGAGAAGAAGGCGAAGCUUUUGCCCACUGUUAUGGAGUUGGUGACUUGGUGUGGGGCAAAGUAAAAUCGCAUCCAUGGUGGCCUGGUCACGUAUACAACGAAGCCUUUGCUUCUCCUUCUGUCAGGAGAACCAAGCACGAGGGCCAUUUGUUGGUUGCUUUUUUUGGGGAUAGUAGUUAUGGGUGGUUCGACCCUGCUGAACUAAUACCAUUUGAAGAGAACUAUGCGGAAAAAUCCAGUCAAAUUACUUCACGACCAUUUUUAAAGGCAGUGGAAGAAGCCGUGGGUGAGGUAUCUAGGAGACGCAGUUUGGGGUUAGCCUGUCGGUGUCGGAACAAGUACAAUUUCUGGCCCACAACUGCUGAGGGUUACUGUACUGUGGAUGUUGGAUGUUAUGAAUCUGGUGGGGUUUACUCCAGGAGGCAGAUCAAAGAAGCACAAGAUAGUUUCCAGCCAGGGGAAAUGCUCAAUUUUGCGCAGCAGCUAGCCUUGAUGCCCUUGACUGAUGAUUAUUGGAUGCUCAAUUUCAUCAAGAACAAGGCUACAAUUUUGGCAUGCAGGAAGGCAUUUUUCGAGGCUUUUGACGAGACAUAUGCACAAGCCUUUGGUAUUGAGCCCGUGCGCCCCACUCCUCCCUCACAGCCGCUAGUGGUGGAUCCAACUAAAGCUGCUUUGAGUGGCCGACUAGUGAUUGCAGAAGCUCUUGGUAAAGGGAAAAGCUCAGUAAAACCAACUAAAACGAAGGAGCUAGUUGAGAAAGAAAGCUAUCUAUUAAAAGGCCGAGAUGAAAGAACUGAGUUGAAAACCGGCAAAUCGAGCUCUGGACAAGCAGGUUCCCCUAGUCAGCCUCCUUUGGUAGAUGGAUUGGGCAUUUCUGGUAAAGUUGUUUAUUCUGGAAUUUCAGAGCAUAGCAGUGAGCACAGUAUAUCUGAAGGCUGUGAGCUGCCUACGAGUCAUCAGGCUUCUGCUAAAGAUUUGUGCAAAGAGAAACUUGAGGAUGAUUGUAGCGGUUCCAUGGAGUUUAUCCAUGGCGGCAAAAAGAAAGCUAAGGUACACAAGCGUCCUUCUGGAGAUAUGAACACUGAAAAUUCAGUCUUGGUGGAGAAGAAGAGGAAGAAGAAAAGAAAGCAUGAAAUAGGUACUGAAACAAGCACUGACCGUGUGCAGAUACCUGCAGCUGCCAGUUAUAGUGAAAUGGCAGUGAAUAACAGUUCAGGAACAUCAGUCCAAGUUCUGUUUGGUGAAGAUUAUCGACUUGAGAAUCAGAGCAAAAAUGUAGUUGGCUCUUCACUGUGUCCUACAACGGAAACAAUGAAGGCGGUUGGGAUUGGGAAUGCUGUAGAGCUAGAACUUCCUAGACUACUGAGAGAUUUGAAAGUUUCUGCUCUAUAUCCCUUCCAUGGGAGUAUUCCAGCUAUCGUCCAGAAAGUUUUCUUGAAAUUCCGGUCCCUUGCUUAUCAUAACAGCUUGCCCUCAAUGGCGCCAGCUGAAAAUGAGUCCAAAGAAGCUCGUUUCUGUAAAUUACCUGCUGUGAGAGCUUCAGCAAGUCCUGGUGAGGGUACCGAAGAGAUGCCAACUGGGAAGCCUAUGAAAACUCCGGUCAGGUCUGAAGAUCCAGCCAAAGGUGGGCAGAAACGUGGUGCAUCUGAACGAUUAGAGGGAAUAUCUGUGAAGAAAAGGAAGAAGAUCGAUGACUUGAAAUCAAUGACUCUGGAAAAGAAGGCUGUUCGUAAGGUUACCGACAUCCCACGGGAUGGAAAAGAAUCUGUUGCAAAAAGUGUGCCUCUACUGCCAUCAAAAGCAAAUAAAUUGGAAUCGAAGAGGAGGACAGAGAAGCAAAUCAUAGCACCUAAACCGACCAUGCUCGUAAUGAAAUAUGCUCCCAUGGGUUUGUCUGUUGUGGCAAAGUCUUCUCGCCCAGAUAAGGGGAAGUCCUCACAAGUGGUGGAGUCACAGGUGGUAGACUUGACUGGGGAUAUGCCAUCUCCCAAGAUUGCUGAUGAGGGAACUGUGGUCCUAGUAGUUGUUCCUAUAGUUAUAUCCAAUGAUAUAACCCCUUUAGUUGAAGUUGCUCCUCCAUUGAAACUUGUCAGGAUGACUUUUGUUGGGAUCAUAUCACCUUAUGUCUUUAUGAAUUUCAUCAUCAUCCUAGAUGGAAUGGUGUUUAUAGCAGCUCCAUUAUUGACAAGCACUUUUGCCACAGAUGUUGGUCUAAAUCCUCAAUGGAUAGAUCAACAUCCAUGUGCUUAA